CUGAAAUGGAGGCUUCAACAGAAAAUAAUGUCAAUUGCACUUGUGAUGUGACUGGUGUACAGUUGAGAGAUAGUGACCAAUCGCGAUACAAGUACAAUAAAUGCGGGAUGCUAAAUAUGAACUAUCCGCCGUAGCUGAAGCAAGCAUUUCUGGAAUAAAGAUGGAUGUGCAUAAAUAACAACUCCAGAACACACAGACACACACACGCACACGAACCUGUAGAGAGAUGGCUCAAUUGUAUGCCAUGGUGAACUGCUUCCAAUAUCCACGGAUGUCGAUACGGAGGACGUUGAGCUCCCCGCUCGAUUCCAGGCAUAGAAUCCAGCUCAAUCCGGGUGAACAAACUAUGGAAACGUCUGUAUCGAACCUCUAUGCCAUGAAUGGUGGAGAAGGACCUACUAGCUAUGCCCAAAACUCAUCCUACCAGAGAGGAGUGGUAGAUGUUGCAAAACCAAUCAUUGAAGAAGAAAUCUCGAUGAAACUUGACGUUAAGCAGCUUUUGUUAACCAACACAAAGUCUUUCCGGAUUGCAGAUUUUGGCUGCUCAACAGGACAUAACUCAUUUCCGGCUAUGCAAAUAAUCACCGAAGCUGUUGAGAAAAAGUUCCAGACAGAAGGAUUAAAUUCCCAAAUCCCAGACUUUCAAGUGUUCUUUAACGAUCAAGUCAUGAAUGACUUCAACACCCUUUUCCUUUCACUUCCACCCCAAAGGAGUUACCAUGCUGCAGGAGUUCCCGGUCCCUUUCAUGGCCGCCUCUUUCCGAAUGCUUCCCUUGAUUUUGCUUAUUGUUCUUGUGCCCUUAACUGGCUCUCCGAAGUGCCAAAGGCAGUGGCAGACCAUAAUUCUCCAGCAUGGAAUAAUGGGAAAGUUCACUAUACAGAAGCCAGACAGGAAGUUUUUGAAGCCUAUUCAAACCAUUAUGUCAAUGAUAUAGGGGCGUUCUUGAACGCUAGGGCGCAAGAGCUGGUGCAAGGAGGGCUAAUGGCACUUCUUGUUCCGGCAGUACCUGCUUUUAAGAAUUCUGGCACAUCCUACACUACCCCAACGGAGAUGGAUCUUAUAGGUUCUUGCCUAGUCGACAUGGCCAAGAAGGGAAGGUUUGGAGAAGAGAAGGUAGACUCGUUCAACUUUCCAUUGUAUUUUACCAUCCCAGACGAAUUAAAGACAAUAAUAGGGAGGAGUGACAGUUUCAAUAUUGAAAGGAUGGAAAUACUAAACAAUCCAGGGAAACGCACCUUGCGCAGCGUUAAUGCACGAGCCACAUACCUCAGGGCAGUCUUUGAGGGAUUGUUGAUAAAUCACUUUGGAAGUGAAAUCAUGGAUGAGUUAUUCGAGCUGUACACAAAGAAACUUGCAGCUUCACCGCAUUUCCUAGACCCUGACAAUGAGAAAUCGAUAAUAAUAUUUGUCCUUCUCAAGCGCAAAGUCGAAUGAUAUUGUAACAUGGUUUCUUCCAUCUGCGACACGACUACAUCUGAAGUAGCAUUGGCUUGCUAUUUUAUAAUAUUAACUUCCACAAUACUGCCCAUCCAUACAAGCUAAAGGUUUGUAGGAGAAUAAAGCUGCACUUUUACUCAAAAGAGCAUCAGAAGAAGCAUUAGGAUCCUUUUAAUAAUGCAGCAUUCAUAGUGAAGGCUACCAUUGUAACCGGGGAUGGAUUUUCUCAGUGAAUCAAAAAGUUUCAGCGCAUAAUGCAUCAACAAUAUCAAUUCAA